AAAUAAUUAUUUGCUUAACUAUUUUAAAAUAUAUUCAUUAUAGUUAUUUAAAAACAAGAUGAAAAAAGGUAAUUUACCUCUUGAAACAGCAUUCGAGCCUGUGGAAGAAGCUCAUCAACCAACACAGCAAACCAUGUCUCGAUCGCAAAAUAAUAACAAAAAGCAAAACAUUACCUUUACGAACAGCGAAAAGACAGAUUCUCAGACAAGCAGCAUUUAUAAAGAUAUUCUCAGUCAGCCUGCACAAGAUUUGUCCCACCGCCAAAGACUGCUUUGGCUUCAGAAACGACGUACUAAAGGUCUUUGGGUGCAAUGCGACGACUGUGAUAGCUGGCGGUAUCUUCCAAGUGUUUUAGACAGCCAUGAACUACCCAAGAGUUGGUACUGUAGGAUGAAUCCAGAUUCUUCCUUGGCAUCAUGUUCAGCACCAGAAGUGCCGAUUCAUAUUCGGGAUGAGGAAGAUCUUAUCCAUAGCGAGUAUGCUGCAGGGUCUCUAGUGCUGGCUCGAAUGCCGGGCUGGCCCUGGUGGCCGGCCAUGGUCGAUGACUGUCCUGACACCGAGCAGUAUUAUUGGCUUGAUGGGUUCUCCGAUAUUCCCACUCAUUAUAAUGUAGUAUUUUUUGAUGCAUUUGAAGUUACAAGAGCAUGGAUGGCUCCGGCUCAAUUAAAACCCUACACAGAAAAUAAGAACCUGCUAAAGUCCUCUUCAAAGAGAAAAAGUUAUAAUAAACGUUUAGAAGUAGCCAUAAUACAAGCAAAUGAUGCAGAUAAUUUAUCACUCUCGGAUCGUCUAAUUAAAUACAGUUUCAUAGCAAGAUAUAAGGGAACUAUAGCUAGUCCAAAGACAAUUACUAAAAACGACAUGAAAAAGUAUCAAGAUCGUUUUAAAAGAAAGUUCAAUAUCGAUCUGCCAAACGAAUCCGAUACUGACAAUGAAAUUGAUGAAAGUCAAUCUAGUAAUAAAAGUAACGUAAUAACGUUGGGGAAGAGAAUAAAAAUAAAUGAAAUUGAUAUAAACGAUAAUAAUUCGUUCAAAGAAUCGUUAAAUGUACAAGUUGACACUAAUUCAGAUUUAGUAAAAAGUAUCGUAAACGAUAAUUCUUCAAAACGUCCUGACACCAUAGACCAGACUAACAUAAUGGAAGAUUCUCAGAUCACACUUCACCGUACAGUGUCUGUAGCUAGUGAUGAUUUUGAUUUCUAAACCAUUAUUGAAUUUACUAUAUUUCAUGUUUUUUCAAUGCUUAAUAUCAUUAGUAGGUAACUGAGUUACGUUAUAAAUUUAUU